AGCUUUAUUUACGGCUGUUAUUUACCUACGGCAAGAAUCUCGCCCCAUCGCUCGCGUUGGCGUUCAGCAUGUUUCGGGCCUUAUUCUUUGUCGCGUUUGUGUAGGUGUGCGGUAAAAACAAACUUUGAAGUUUCUUUCUAAUGCUAGAAAUAUUAACUAGCUUGCCUUUUGACGUUACAACUCAGGAAGUACUAUACAAAAUAAAACUAAAUUAGUUUACUACAAUAUGCGAAGUCGUCAGAAGCGGCAUUAUCAUUUGUCGAAUGAGUGUUUCAACGAAAAAUAUUGCCGAAAACAUAGGCGCAUAUCUCUUUAUCAGACAAAAUGGAAGGAUUCAACUGUUGGAACAGUUUUCGAUACAAUUAUUUCCACGAACGAAUGUCAAGAACAAAAUAUGAUAAAUGAAUUCGAACAAAGUGCAAGAGGAAGGUCGGCAAUAAUUCAACCCAACAGAAACUCCAUAAAUUCGCAGAUUUUGUCGUAUGAUCUAGAAGAUAAUGAGAGCGAUGUGUUUGUAAACGAAGCAGUUCGACUUACUACAAUCGAAAACCUAACGAAGAAUAAUUCAAAACAAAUUAAAAUAGUGUCUGAUUUGAAUUCUGGUGACGUUAUUUUUAUGGUAUUGAAUUUUUAUCUCAGACAUGCACUAACACAGGAAGCGCUCGUUGAUUUGUUGAAAAUGUUGAAUGUUGUAUUUGGAUUUAAAUGUUUCCCAGAAAAUUUCGAAUCUUUCUUUUCCGUGUUCCCGGAUCCAUAUGACUCGUGUAGAGUUUAUUUUUGCGAGAACUGUCAUUGUGUGAUUGGUCACGAUCCGCCUAAUUCAGAAACUAGAUGUCCGAUACAGGAAUGUGGCAGCAAAAAACUUGAUUAUUUUAUUACGCUAUCUGUCGAAAAUCAAGUGAAAGAAACAUACCUUAAAUAUCUCACUGAAAUUGGAGAAUACGAACAUAUUGUGCGAGAGCAAAAAAUUAGUGAUAUUUCGAAAGGAAAAAUGUUCGAACUUCUGCAAAACCAAGAAACUAGCAAACUGAUUACAUUAUCAGUAAACACAGAUGGUGCGGCUGCCUACCGCUGGUCCGGCCACAAACCGUGUUACCCAAUAUUUCUCACGAUAAAUAAUCUUCCACCUCGCUUACGAUUUUCAAAAAAUAACAUUAUUUUAGCAGCAAUUUGGUUGAGCAAAGGAGAUCCUGACAUGUCGCUUUUUUUCAAAGAAUUUAUGGAUGAAAUGAAAAAGUUGCAGCAAGGAAUAAAAAUCGGUACAGAGGAAUAUUAAGUGUUUGUUUUGCAAUGUUGUGUAGAUUCAGUUGCCAGACCGAAAUUGCAAAAAAGUACUCUAUCCAAUGGAAGAUUCGGUUGUUCGCUUUGCCUUCAUGAAGGGAAACUUAUAAAUAAUCAAAUAAGAUAUUCUUAUAAAACAUAUAAGAAAAGAAAUCAUCAUUCGACGCGACAGAUCAUGAUUGAUGUAUUUCAAACAAAAAAGCCAAAAAUGGGAAUCAAGGGACUGUCGGUGUUUUUAAAUUUGUCUCACUUUGAUAUAGUAUAUGGUAAUUAUGGGCAAAAUAAUAACUAUUAUUUUUUGAAAAAUGUAUGCUCUUCUGUUUUAGGGUUCAGUCCUGAUUAUAUGCAUAGUUCUUUACUUGGAGUUACAAGGCAAAUGUAUGAUUUAUUCACUGCGAGUCAUAAUCAUAAUAAGCCAUACUAUAUUGGCCGUCGGCUUGGUGAAAUAGAAAGGAAAAUGGAAAAUAUUCGUCCACCUAGUAGUUUUCCACGUUAUCCAGGAAAACUGAGGUCGAUUCAGAAGAACAAAUCCAGUGAUUGGGAAAGAUUUUUGUUCCAUUACCUGUACCCUUGUUUCGUUGGUAUUUUAGAAGAAAAAUAUUUAAACCACGCGAUGUUGUUUUCAAGUACAAUAUACGAGCUUCUUGGCUCAUAUCUGCCGGAGACAAAAAUUUCUCUUUGCGAGAAGAAAAUGAACAGCUUCGUAAGAGAUUUUCAAAAUUACUACGGAGAGGAAAACAUGGUUUUUAACGUACAUAUCCAGAAGCAUCUUGCCGAUUGCGUAAGAAAGUUUGGAGCACUUUGGAAUUCAUCACUUUUCCCAUAUGAAAGCGCUAAUGGUGUUAUUUUGAGGUACAGAACAGGUCAUAAUCAUCCAGUCAUUCAAAUAAGUAAAAAAUAUUCACUAAACAAAAUCUGCCAUAAUAUAUUAAUUAAAAACGAGUCUAUCGAAACUUGGUAUACCAGCAUUUGGAAUUUAAGCAAAGUUCCACGUAUGAGCAUGAGCAUGCAUGCAUGCAUGAUUGACCGCCCGCGGUUGCUACUCCGUUAUUGCCAGAUCAGCUGUAAUUACACAAAGAACCAACAGAUGAUGUUUGGGACCAACAUGCAUCCUCAAUGUGUAAAAACAGGUGACCUAAAUCUUUAUAUUAGGCAAUACCAGCGCCGGCCGCAUCCGAAUGCAGGUCAAAGAAGGAGUUUGUAUAGGAAUAUGUUGACGUGAUACUCGCUUUAUUGAAAGCCGAGAACACCUCUGCACUUCCACGAGAAAUCACUGGGAUGUUGGAUAAAGGGGAAGGUAUACAGCAGGGUUCGUUUUGGUAAACGAUGCGCUAAUGCGCUAAUGUCGGGUUCUUCAGAACAAGUGCCGCGUCUACAAGUUUAUUUCACCCGCCACGAUAUUCAUAAUGUGAUUCGAACUUAUUUAGUUUGACAAUGUAACACCGCAACAAUAAAACGUACGCGAGGAUACAGGAUUUUUGACUAAACCGAGACAACUUAAAAUUACCGUAUAUCUCCUCGUAAGGUGAUGCUCUUUAUACCUAAAACUAUUGCGCGUUGUUGAUCCAUCUGUAGAUAAUACGACCUCAUGGAAGGUACCGACGCGGGGGUUGAAAUGAUAUUUAUCGACUGAACGAAAUCGACUUCGAUUUCCGAUGUAAUAAUUUAGAUGCAACGCGCGAGCAGUCUCCGACUUAACGUUGAUGAAGAUGAGAAAGAUCUGAUGAAAUAUCUGGGUUCACUUCGCAAAAUCACCACACGCCGUAAGUCCAUAUAUCAGCAAAACUCGCCCGGGCUGAAUACGCGUUUACACCGAAGCGUUACGAGCAACCGCUUUAAUCCCCCCGGCCGACACAUACGCGCAGGAACUCGGCGUUUACGUCGAUUAUCUCUUAACAAUGUACGCCUAAUACGCCUAAUAAAUAUGAAAAUUGGCAAUGUUCCAUGCAUCCAAUGCCUCAACAAUUUAAUGAAAGCAAAUAUACAUAUAAGCCUGAAUAUAUUUUUUAAAUUUAUUGACAAAGUGCCGAACUAGUCAUAAAUAUAACAAAUUAUGUAAAACAACUGGUCAAAAGCUAGAACAAUCAAAAAAUCAAAGCAUAUGAUUCCUGAGAAACACAUACUCCAAACUCCACAAACCACACUAACACUUUGUGGACAAAAAUAAAACUUGUUACUAAAACCCUGCGGAAAAAUAUACCGCGCACACAAUUUCAACGAUGAAAUCAAAAUCUCUCUGUAUCUGUUUUCUCACAUAAAGUAAAUUAGAAACAAGCAUCAAAACAUCACUUUACAAUACAGACAAGACAAAACGUAUACUUAGCUUUCAUCUCUUCAUUUUCCAGUUGUUUUCAUCGUUUUUGGACUUUUCUAAAAUGGAAGUACAGUGGCAACAUGCAUGUAUGCCUUCACACACUCGUUUAAUCCAUACAGCAUUUCAUUCGUUCAAAAGAGAUAGCACAUAAACACUGUAAACAGCGAUGCAUGGUUUUGAUCUUAUUGGCAAAUUUUCACUUCAAGUUUAAUUAGAUACAAGCCAAAUAUAAUUUGCACUAUGCCAAUGAAUAAAUCCCUAAUGAGCAUUCAAUCACUAUAAAACUAUGUGGAGCAGCUGCUCGAAAAACACUCUCCUUAUCGUAUGUAAUAACACCACACACUCCACACUUUCAAACCGUCGCCAAGACAGCGAUAGAAAAAAAAAAAAAAAACAAGAAAAAAUAAACACUUUGGUGAAUCUAAAAAGCAACGCAAUAAUAUUCAAUUUUCACAAUUAAAUUCACUGUUUUUCACUUUUUUUGUGGAACUUCACACUUUUCGCACUCAGCACAUUUCAAUAGAACACCUGUAUAUAUGUUUAACAAUUCUUUAGGUGUAAAAUAACCGAAAAUCACCAAACAAUGUGAUGAUUUCAAAGCAGGAACCAGCUGGCCAAUCUUGAUCACGGCCUCGCACAACCAUCCGCGAACUUUUCCAAGAAAAAACAAUUUUAAAUUUAGAAAAUAAACUCACUCCGCGAUAACAUCUAUAACGAACAUGCACAACUAAAUUGAAUAAUUUUUCUUCCGAUAUAACAUGCGAGCGAAAAAUUUUUGCGUCCGAUUUCGGUCAUGGCUUGCUUCGACCCUCGGAAGGUACUCAAUUUAAGCAAAGUUCCACGUAUAACGUUUAAUUCAAAAUGCAUAUAUCACCUCAGUGAAGAUAUAGUUAAUGAAUUCAAUCAAUUUAGCUUUCAUGAGAAAUUUAGCUUAAACGGCAUACAACAUUGCACAAGAAAUGCUUGUGCGCGGUUCGGAUACGACGAUUCAUACAUAUUGAUUGGACAAAUGUUUUUUUGUAUAGAACAUAUUCUCACUGAUAUAUCUAACAAUAUUUAUAUUGUUGGUAAUCAUUUGAUCACACAGCAACUUCAUGUGAAUAUGUUUUCGUUCGAACCAAGCAACCAGUUUCAUAUUAAAAGAUGUAGCGAGAAUAUUCGACAAUGUGUCAUGAUUUCAGUUGAAGAUAAUAACAGAGGAAAUAACUAUAUUUCUAUUUGUAAACUAAGUACGCAGAUAAAUUAGUGAUUAGUCACAAUGUAAUAUUAUCUUAGCCAAAAAAACAUGAUCAUUAAAU